AUCGUAGAUUCUUGGGGUGGAAGGGAUGGGGAGAUGUGGAAAGUCAUUGCGUGGUAUCAUCACCAGCUUGCUAUUGGGUUCCUGUUGGGUCCCCACUAAGAUUGAUCUGGAGCCAGAAGGAAGAGUGUAUGUGAUCAUUGAUCUGUCGGGGUCGUCGGGUGAAGCCCCUAAAGACAAUGAAGAGCGCGUGUUCAGGGAGCGCAUGCGGCCCAGGAAGAGGCAGGGGGCUGUCAGGCGCAGGGUCCACCAGGUCAACGGCCACAAGUUCAUGGCUACCUACCUUCGGCAACCCACCUACUGCUCCCACUGCAGAGAUUUUAUCUGGGGUGUCAUAGGAAAGCAGGGAUACCAAUGUCAAGUUUGCACUUGCGUGGUCCACAAGCGAUGCCAUGAGCUCAUAAUUACGAAGUGUGCUGGAUUAAAGAAACAGGAAACUCCCGAUGAGGUGGGCUCACAGCGGUUCAGCGUCAACAUGCCCCACAAGUUCGGGAUCCACAACUACAAGGUCCCCACCUUCUGCGACCACUGUGGGUCCUUGCUCUGGGGCCUCCUACGGCAGGGUUUACAGUGCAAAGUCUGCAAGAUGAAUGUUCACCGACGCUGUGAAACCAACGUGGCCCCCAACUGUGGGGUGGACGCCAGAGGAAUUGCCAAAGUCCUGGCUGACCUAGGCGUCACUCCAGACAAAAUCACCAACAGCGGCCAGAGGAGGAAAAAGCUCAUUGCCGGCGCUGAGUCCCCACAGCCCACUUCUGGAAGCUCACCAUCGGAGGAAGAUCGAUCCAAGUCAGCACCCACGUCCCCUUGUGACCAGGAAAUAAAAGAACUUGAAAACAACAUCCGGAAGGCCUUGUCUUUUGACAAUCGAGGGGAGGAGCACCGGGCAGCAGGUGGUGCGGGCCAGCUGGCGAGCCCUGGCGAGAACGGCGAAGUGCGGCAGGGCCAGGCCAAGCGCCUGGGUCUGGAGGAGUUCACCUUCAUCAAGGUGCUGGGCAAAGGCAGCUUUGGCAAGGUCAUGUUGGCAGAGCUGAAAGGCAAGGAUGAAGUAUAUGCUGUGAAGGUCUUAAAGAAGGAUGUCAUCCUCCAGGAUGAUGACGUGGACUGCACGAUGACAGAGAAGAGGAUUUUGGCACUGGCACGGAAACACCCGUACCUAACCCAACUCUAUUGCUGCUUUCAGACCAAGGACCGCCUCUUCUUCGUCAUGGAGUAUGUAAAUGGUGGCGACCUCAUGUUCCAGAUUCAGCGCUCCCGAAAAUUUGAUGAGCCUCGUUCCCGGUUCUAUGCUGCAGAGGUCACGUCAGCCCUCAUGUUCCUCCACCAACAUGGAGUCAUCUACAGGGAUUUGAAACUGGACAACAUCCUUCUGGAUGCAGAAGGUCACUGCAAGCUGGCUGACUUUGGGAUGUGCAAGGAAGGGAUUCUGAAUGGCGUCACAACCACCACAUUCUGCGGAACUCCUGACUACAUCGCACCCGAGAUCCUGCAGGAGUUGGAGUAUGGCCCCUCCGUGGACUGGUGGGCUUUGGGGGUGCUGAUGUAUGAGAUGAUGGCUGGGCAGCCCCCCUUUGAGGCCGACAAUGAGGACGACCUAUUCGAGUCCAUCCUCCACGAUGACGUGCUCUACCCUGUCUGGCUCAGCAAGGAGGCCGUCAGCAUCCUGAAAGCAUUCAUGACCAAGAACCCGCACAAGCGCCUGGGCUGUGUGGCAUCCCAGAAUGGUGAGGACGCCAUCAAGCAGCACCCAUUCUUCAAAGAGAUCGACUGGGUGCUCCUGGAGCAGAAGAAGAUCAAGCCGCCCUUCAAACCUCGAAUUAAAACCAAAAGAGACGUCAAUAACUUUGACCAAGACUUUACCCGGGAAGAGCCAGUACUCACGCUUGUGGACGAAGCCAUUGUGAAGCAGAUCAACCAGGAGGAAUUUAAAGGCUUCUCCUACUUUGGUGAAGACCUGAUGCCUUGAGAAGCUGCUCCAGGGCGAGUUUGGUGAUGCUGCAGGAAGGGGUGCCGAGAAGUCCUAUGCGGGAGGCUCCAAGGCCUUGAACUGCUUCUCCUGUUCUCCAGAGCCUCAGUCCCUCAUCUACCCUCUAUUUAUUGCAUUCCCUUACCCCAGGCCGCUCCCCCCCUCAUCUCCCUGGGGACCAGAAGGCACUCCCAGUCCUUGUCUCAUCAGUCAUGCAGAAUCUCGUGGUUUCGGUGGGCCGUGUUUGGUCUGUCAGCAAGCCUGUCUCCCCUCCUCGGGGGCUCUUGGCAGUGACGCAACUUCAGUUCUUUCCCUUCAAAGAGCAGCGAGAAGAGCAAACAAGAAGCCCCCGGCUCUGCUGUUAGACAGAGGGUCCCGAAGACUGUCACCUCUCAGCCCCUCUUCCCCCUGCACCUGCCACCCUCUGC